CAAAGAAUAAAGUAUUUAACAAGAGAAAUCGAGAAUAUCAAGAGUUACUUGCUCAAAUCAAUUAUGCUCUUAUAUUGAAUGAAAGUGAAGAGUUGAUCAAUUUAAUUCAUUGUAAAUAUAGUCAAGAAAAUCGUCUAAAAAAGUAUCACUCUGAUAAUCUUAAUAAUUUACUCAAAUACUAUAAAAUAGAAGUUAUUGAUUUUAAAUAUCAACAACUAGUUAAAAAUUAUUCAGUAUUAGAAGUUCUUUUGGACGAAGUAGAAGAACAUGGAAUUGAAAGUUAG